AAUUUAUAUGAAAGUAUUAAGAAUGAGCCGUUUAAAAUUCCAGAGGAUGAUGGAAAUGAUCUAACGCAUACAUUUUUUAAUCCAGAUAGAGAAGGUUGGCUGCUGAAAUUAGGAGGGGGAAGAGUAAAAACAUGGAAACGGAGAUGGUUUAUUCUGACUGAUAAUUGCCUGUAUUACUUCGAAUACACAACAGACAAAGAACCUAGAGGAAUUAUUCCAUUAGAAAAUCUUAGCAUAAGAGAAGUUGAAGACCCUAGAAAACCAAACUGCUUUGAGCUCUAUAACCCCAGUCAUAAAGGGCAAGUAAUUAAAGCAUGUAAAACUGAAGCUGAUGGUAGAGUGGUGGAAGGCAACCAUGUAGUGUAUAGAAUAUCUGCUCCCACUCCAGAAGAAAAGGAAGAGUGGAUUAAAUCUAUCAAAGCAAGUAUCAGCAGGGAUCCCUUUUAUGAUAUGCUGGCAACAAGGAAACGAAGAAUUGCAAAUAAGAAAUAA